AUGGAUACGCUGCUGGACUUCUCCACCGAGCUGGAUAUAGCGGCGCUCGAUCAAGUGGUUGAUACGUUUUACAAAGGUACUGGCUUGCAGCAGAAACAGGCCCAAGAAGUUCUCACGAAGUUUCAGGACAAUCCAGACGCGUGGCAGCGUGCUGACAAGAUUCUGCAAUUUUCGCAAAACCCACAAACUAAGUUCAUCGGACUCUCGAUCUUGGAUAAACUGAUUACUUCCAAAUGGAAAUUGCUACCGAUUGAGCAUCGGGUGGGGAUUCGUAACUUCAUUGUGGGUAUGAUUGUGACGUUGUGUCAGGAUGACGGUGUUUUCCGCAGUCAGAAAAAUCUCAUCAACAAAUCCGAUUUGACGUUGGUGCAAAUCUUAAAGCAAGAAUGGCCUCAGAAUUGGCCAGAGUUCAUUCCAGAGCUUGUGCAAAGCUCACAAUCCUCAAUCAACGUAUGUGAAAACAAUAUGGUGAUUUUGAAAUUGCUUUCAGAAGAAGUUUUCGAUUUUUCUGCCGAACAAAUGACACAGGCCAAAGCCUUACACUUGAAGACGUCCAUGUCCAAGGAGUUCGAGCAAAUUUUCAAAUUAUGUUUCCAAGUGUUGGAUUCGGGGUCUACCACCUCUCUUAUAAAAGCUGCGUUGGAUUCCUUGCUGAGAUAUUUGCAUUGGAUUCCAUAUCAUUAUAUUUACAACACCAAUCUUCUCGAGCUUUUGAGCACCAAAUUCAUUAUGUCGCCAGAAUUGAGAUCCGUCACCCUCAAAUGUCUCACGGAAGUUUCCAACUUGAAUAUUCCCGAAAACGAUCCCAAGGUCGCCGAACAAACGGUGAUUUUUUUCCAAAACACCCUUCAACAAAUUGCCCAAAAUGUGGUUCAAGUUACUACAGACCUUAGGACCACUUACGCUUCGGCGAACAGCAAGGACCAAUCAUUCUUGCAAGAUUUCGCUAUGCUGCUAACCACCUACCUCGCCCGUCAUCGGGCUUUGCUCGAGAGCGAUGAAAGACUCAGAGAAUUGCUUUUGAGCGCUCAUCAAUACUUAAUUCAAUUGUCCAAAAUCGAUGAAAGAGAACUUUUCAAAACGACUCUGGACUACUGGCACAAUCUAGUCGCGGCGCUGUUUCAAGAAGUGCAAAAACUGCCCGUGGCCGAGCUCAAUCCUUUAUUACAACUAUCAGUGGGAUCUCAAUCUAUUACUUCUUCUGGUGGUGCACCAAAUCCCGAGUUUCUUAAAGGAUUUCCUCUCAAGAAGCACAUAUACGACGGAAUUUGUACACAACUUAGAUGGGUUAUCAUAGAAUCAAUGGUCAGACCAGAAGAAGUUUUGGUUGUUGAGAACGAUGAGGGAGAGAUUGUGAGAGAAUUUGUAAAAGAGUCCGAUACCAUUCAACUUUAUAAAUCGGAGAGAGAAGUUUUAGUCUACCUGACCCAUUUAGACGUGGUCGACACCGAGGACAUCAUGAUUAAUAAGUUGUCCAAACAAAUUGAUGGCUCUGAAUGGUCCUGGCAUAACAUUAACACGCUUUGUUGGGCCAUUGGAUCUAUCUCUGGUACUAUGAAUGAAGAGACAGAAAAGAGAUUUGUUGUAACCGUUAUUAAAGACCUCUUGGCAUUAACAGAAAAAAAGCGUGGUAAGGAUAACAAAGCGGUUGUUGCGUCUAAUAUCAUGUACGUGGUGGGUCAAUAUCCGCGUUUCCUCAAGGCCCAUUGGAAAUUUCUGAAGACCGUUAUACUGAAGCUCUUUGAAUUUAUGCAUGAAACUCACGAAGGUGUUCAAGACAUGGCUUGCGAUACCUUCAUAAAGAUUGUCAAGAAAUGCAAACAUCACUUUGUCGUUCAACAACCUACCGAACAAGAACCUUUCAUUCAAACGAUCAUUAGAGAAAUUCAAAGCACAACGGCUGAUUUACAACCACAACAGGUUCACACCUUUUACAAAGCUUGCGGCUUAAUUAUAUCAGAUGAACGCAAUCAAGCUGAGAGAGACCGUCUUUUAGCAGAUUUGAUGCAAUUGCCAAACAUGGCUUGGGAUGCAAUCGUCGAACAAUCGUCUGCCAAUCCAGACUUGUUACUGGAUGCUGAAACUGUUAAGAUUAUUGCAAACAUCUUGAAGACUAAUGUUGCUGUAUGUUCUACGAUGGGGGCUGAUUUUUACUCUCAGCUAGGUCAUAUCUAUUACAAUAUGCUUCAACUUUACAGAGCCGUCUCUUCUAUGAUCUCUGUACAAGUAGCCAGCGAGGGUUUGAUUGCGACCAAGACGCCCAAAGUACGGGGUUUGAGAACGAUCAAGAAGGAAAUUCUGAAACUUGUGGAAUACUAUAUCUCGCAUGCUAGAAAUUUGGAGGACGUUGUCAAAGUUUUAGUGGAGCCACUACUAAACGCUGUUUUGGAGGAUUACAUGAAUAACGUCCCCGAUGCAAGAGACGCGGAAGUUUUGAACUGUAUGACAACAGUCGUUCAUAAAGUUGGCCACAUGAUUCCUAGUGGAGUUAUCCUCAUACUCCAGAGUGUAUUCGAAUGCACGCUGGACAUGAUAAACAAAGACUUCACUGAGUAUCCGGAACACAGAGUCGAGUUUUACAGGCUAUUGAGGGAAAUCAACAGCAGAUGUUUUGAUGCGUUGUUGCAAUUGCCGCCUGCAGCUUUCAAGCUUUUCGUCGAUGCUACAUGCUGGGCAUUUAAACAUAAUAACAGGGACAUUGAGGUCAACGGUCUUCAAAUUGCGUUAGAUCUAAUCAAGAAUAUCGAGAAGUUGGGCACAAACGCAUUCUCUAAUUCCUUCUACGAGAAUUUCUACUUUACCUUCAUCAGUGAGACUUUUUACGUGCUUACUGAUUCCGAUCACAAGUCUGGUUUCUCGAAACAGUCGAUGUUACUGAUGAAAUUGAUCUCACUUGUCCAAGAGAACAAAAUUCCGGUUCCGCUUUACAAGCCUGGAGAAGCACCUGAAGGUACUACUAAUCAGCUCUUCCUCGCGAAUUACAUGGCUAGUAUGUUAAGUUCCGCAUUCCCUCACUUGACUCAGGAACAGGUCUCUAGCUUCAUCGGCGCAUUGGUGAAGCAAUAUCAAGAUCUUUCCAAAUUUUCCGGGCUUCUAAGAGAUUUCUUGGUCCAAAUAAAAGAAAUUGGCGGUGAUCCAACCGACUAUUUAUUCACCGAAGAUAAAGAAAAGGCAUUAGAGGAAAAGCUAAGAGCUGACAAAGAGAGGGCCGCGAUGGUGGGUGGCUUGUUAAAACCAUCGGAGCUCGAGGAUUAA